CUCACCCGUGGACUAACCCAUGUUCGUUAAAAAUGGUGGGAGUACCUUACACUAAAUCUCAGAGAUGGGGUUAUGUUAGGAUCAUCACGGGAACGAUUCUCGGAGGGGCACUCGGAUUUUACGUUAUGCACCGGUUGGAAGUAUCUCACAAGGAGAAAAUGAAAAAGAGGUUGAUCGAGUACGAGAAGGAAAAGGAAAAGAGGAUGAUUCUUAAAGGCGAUUUGGAAUCCGAGUUUGCGGAAUCAGACCUUUCUUAGCUUCUUCAAAGCUUCACCGUUUUUUUUUUUCUUUUUAUUUAGUUAGAAAGACUUUUUGAUUAAGGAUUUUGAGGAAAAAAUUUGUAACGAUGAUGCUACACUUCAGCAAUCCUGCAAAAUUGAAAACCAAAAGGAUUAUAUUUGAAGAAAUCUACGGUGCGGGUGAUCCAUCCACUCUAAUGGAGUUGAAAGAAUUAAGUGCUAGGCGCAGAGCAAUCGAGGAGUCCAUUAAUGAGACCAGUGUUACUGCAAAUGCCACUGCAAGAGAAAUGGCUGGAGGAUUGACUUCUAGGCUUGAACAAGACCUGCUGAAGCUGGAAGUGUAUCUGCCAUUGUUGGAAAACUUAGUAUUCCAUGCUACCUCGUCUGGGAAUGGUGGUUCUGGUGUGGAACUGAAGAUAAGUUGGUCUAGUGCUUUAAGUCCCACUCGCUUCAGUGGUUGCAAGUUCCUUCACAAUGAUGAGUUGUGUUUUGAGCAUGGGAUGGCUCUUUUCCUUUAUGGUGCAAUCUUGAGAGAGAGAGCCCAAGAAGUUUUAUUGAGAGGAGAUCUAGCACAAUCCGGGGAACUCUACAGGAAAGCAGCCGGUGUUUACCAUCAUCUGUUUCAGCAGGUACUCCCUAGUUUGAAACCUGCAGUAGGUCAGGAAAGGCCACCACCAGAGACCAACCCUUCCCUUUCCAAUGUUAUGAACUUCAUUUGCUUGGCCGAGGCACAGGGUGCAGCUCUAAGAAAAGCCGUGGAGAAGAGGAUGAGUGUAGGACUUUUAUCAAAGCUCGAUUGUGGAAUCAAAGAGUUACUUGAUCAGGCUUAUAGUAUUUUAAAUUCAUUUAAUGGGAAAUGCGAAAUAAUUUCAUCGAAGCUUGAGGAGUUUAUAUGCUUCUCAAGAUCUUUGCAUGAGUUAAGGAGCAAAAGGUACUUGGCUGAUAGUUUGAAGAAUGGUUUGAAGAAAGGGGAUGUAGGCUUAGCGAUUGGUGUUCUUCGUAUGGCGCUAGAAAAUAUAAAAGGAAAAACUCCAAAAAAAGAAUCAUGGCAGUUGGUGUUCAAGAAGGAAAUUAAGACUGUUCACGAGAUGCUAAGGGAGCUUGAGCAAGAGAAUGGCUUUGUGUAUCAUGAAAGGGUACCCAUUGGUGUUGACCAAUUGCCCUCACCUGAAAGUAGGAUAAUAGUUGCAGCGGCGCCAUACAAUCCUAAGAGAUCGGAAACCAAACUUGUCUUUAAAAAGAUUGUCAAGCCUCGUUUGAGUAAAUCUCAGACCAUGUAAAAAAGAUUUUCUGCAAUGUGUAUGUUUUAUUUUUAUUUUGGUGUUCAAAAGAUUCUCAAGUUGAGAUCAAACAACACUCCAAUUAUUAAAAAAAUUCUCAUCUAUACAUAGAUUUUUACCUCCCA